AAGAGCGAGAGAGCCGAGUGCAUAAGGUGCAAAUGAACGAACCGGUUCUCCGCACUGCGCGACUGCGUCUUGUUCAGCAGAAUUAUUAAUUAAUCUUACAUACGUCGCACAUUAUUUGUAUGUAAACUGUAUCGCGAGAAACUGUCACACGAGCUGGAAUGUGAAACUGAUAUGUGACUGCUACAUUUCUUUGUGCAUAUUAAAUUAGAGUAGAUUAAAGGCUAUCAAAAUGACGACGGAAUUCACGUGGGAUGUCGAAAAUACGGCAGCAGCAUGCUCGACCACCGACGAAAGCACGCCACUUUUGUCAGCGAGUGGUCAAGCCAUGUCCACCGAGAAGAUUGGUAUCUCGCAACAGACUUUGGUCUCCACCACCAAUGGCCAGCUCGGCCAGGCUAAGAAACUUCCGCAAUACCUGGCAGGCAUAGCAGCGACACUCGGCGCGCUCGCUGCUGGUAUGGUGCUCGGCUGGACAUCGCCCGCCGGUGAAGAUGGUAUAAAUCUAAAAAGAGAUUAUGACAUAUCGGUCACCAAAGCCGACUUCUCCUGGAUAGGAUCACUCGCUACUCUUGGAGCGGGCGCGAUGUGCAUUCCCAUCGGCAUGAUAGCGGACUUAGUUGGGCGAAAGAUUGCCAUGUUAAUCAUGGUGGUCCCCUUCACCGUUGGUUGGCUACUUAUUAUCUUCUCGAACUCACUGCUCAUGUUCUACUUUGGUAGAUUCAUUACCGGCCUCAGUGGUGGAGCCUUCUGCGUGGCUGCUCCCCUGUAUACGGCAGAGAUAGCCGAGAGCGAGAUUCGCGGCACGCUCGGCUCCUACUUCCAACUGAUGCUGACAGUAGGUAUCCUGGCCUCGUACGUCCUUGGCGCCGUUAUCGAAAAUAUGAAGACACUGUCGAUUAUCUCGGCGGUCAUGCCGCUGAUUUUCUUCGCGGUGUUCUUCUUCAUGCCGGAGACACCGGUGUACUACUUGCAGAAGAACAACGAGGACGCCGCCAGGAAGAGUUUGGUCAAACUUCGUGGCAAUCAGUACGAUGUCGAGGUCGAGUUGCGAGCGCUACGCGAGGUGAUCGAGGAGAACAGACGCAGCGGCGCGUCGUUCACAGAAUCGAUUAAAACCAAGGCCGCCAAGAAGGGCUUUGUAAUCGCUUAUGGUUUGAUGCUCUUCCAACAGAUGAGCGGCGUGAACGCCAUCAUCUUUUAUUCGUCGGACAUCUUCGCGAAAGCCGGAACCUCCAUCGAGGCGAACAAAGCCACGAUCAUCGUGGGAGCGGUGCAAGUGAUAUCGGUUUUCCUCGGGACUCUCGUCGUCGACAGGCUAGGCAGGAGGAUCCUGCUGCUGGCGUCGAUCGUGGUGCUGUUCCUGAUGACUCUGAUCCUUGGAGUUUACUUCUACUGUAGCGUGCACACCACCGCCUUCGAUGACAUCAAGUGGUUCGCAAUUAUCCCGCUCUGCGUCUUUCUCGUAUUGUUUUCCUUCGGCUUCGGACCGAUCCCGUGGAUGAUGAUGCCGGAGAUCUUCGCGCCGGAGGUGAAGGGCAUCGCCGGGAGUAGCGCCUGCCUAUUCAACUGGCUUAUGGCUUUUAUAGUCACCAAAUUUUACUCGGACAUGACCGCCGCCGUGCAGCCCUACGGUACUUUCUGGAUAUUUUCCUUAUUCUGCGCCGUCGGCAUUUUGUUCGUUUACUUCUUAGUCCCGGAAACCAAAGGCAAGUCACUGGAUCAAAUACAAAGGGAAUUGAAUUAUUGAUCAAGAGUUGACCAGAGACACGCAGAAGAAUAUAAAUUGUACAUAUUGAGACGUACAUUUUAUAGUUGUACAUAUAAUAAUAAGUUUACAGUACUUAAAUGAAGCAACAUAUUUUAUAAAUUGUGUAAAUCGUGUCAAGCUUAUAUCAUAGUCCGUUAUAUCAUGUUAUAUUUUGUAUUUGAGAAUGGAUAUAAUUUGUUAUUCAAUAUCCACGUUGACAUUUUUAUUAUAAUGCUGUCUUCUUAACCCUCACGCGCGGAGGAUUCAUCAACUGUAAAUUAAAAAUAUAUUUAACUUUAAUAAGUAAAUAAUCGAACAAAAUGUAUUUCUAUUUUUUUUUUAAUUAUAUUAAAUAAUAUAGUAUCACGUCCAAAAUAAACACCCUUCAGAAAUGUAACAAAAUCAAAAUUCAGCGUAAAAUGCUACUUUACGACAACGUUAUUUUAUUACACCACAGCUCUAAGAAAAUUUUAAAAUGGCUCGCAAGCAUCACUAGUCGAUCCACCCUUUGAGGGUCCAAAGAAGUUAUCAGUAUCCUAAUGAUAUUAUAUGGCGAUAUAUUUUAUUAAAUUAUAUAUUUUAAGACUGAUUAAUAAACUUGUAUAAAGCUUCUAUUGAUUACAUAUUGAUUAUUAUUUAAGUUGGCAUUAUUAUAUGUGUAUGUGAUAUUUAUUUGCUUACUGCAAAUAAAUUAUUGUUGACCAAUACAAAUUCGCACCUUCGACGAAGUAUAUAGAUGAUUCAAUAA